AUGGAGAAAGUGGAAUUCACUUUAGCGAGAAUUUUUUUCACCAUUUUAGUCAGAUUUCUGGAUUGUGUGCUUGUUUGGUUGUUUGUUAAUAAAAAUGAUUUGUAUGAAUUCCUGUCACAAGCAGUGAGUUUUUUAAGUUCCAUAAUUGGAAAACUCAAUUUGUUUCUCUUUAUGUGGAUGCCCAUUUCAAAUCCAUGUGCUUGUGCAAUUAAGAAAAUUUUAGAGACUCUUUCAUUAAAGUUCAUAUUAAAUGUGCCUACACAUUUAAAUCUCAAUUUAAGUUUACAUCAGAAUGGUAAAAUUUAUAACCUCUUCCACAUAACAUUCAAUGGCUUAAAUUUUGAGAUGGCAAAUAUUUUUCAGUUAGGAUUAAAAUUUCUUAUUCUGAUGCAAGGUAAAAUUACACAAAAGUUGAUAAAUGGCUUUAAAUUAAGUUAUCAUGUUCUCACUUUCCUUCUGAAAGCCAAUGAAAACAUCGUUUACAGCGGUGCCUUUUCUGGAAUAUCUGUUCAGGAUCCACUAUGGUACCAAAGUAGCACUGGAAACAGUUGGACACGUCAGGAAUCAAUACUGAUAAGGCAACCUGCACAAAAUUCAAGACGACUUUAUUGUUUCGUAGAAAAUCAAUGCCAUGGAUCACGUCAUAAGCCAGUUCUGAAUGGUUGUGCAACUGAUUGCAUGCAUUGGAACCUCUUGUGUGAUGCAUCUGUUAUUGCCACUUCUCAUACAGCGGUGACUGAGAUGACUAUCAAACAGAUGUUCAAACAUCAUGUCCGACUAAUUACUUUUACCAGUGAAAUGCUUCAACUCCUGUUCUCCUGUACACCACGUAAAUUACGAAUAAUCUACUACCUGCUAGACAUACAAGAAGUAUUAAAUACUUACGAGCAGCCUAAUCAUAUUCCCAUAAUGAAUGCACUCCAAUCAUUAUUAGAGAAUAAUAAUGCAAAUUACAUUUCGCGAUCAGACUUAUUCUUUGUAGACAAAUUACACGGGGUCAACAGUGUAUAUGAAAUGGAGUAG